AUGGAGACUGCAGCAGCCAAAAACAAGGCAAUGAAGGAAGCUGGAUUCCACGUGCCAGACUCUUUCGAUCUGCUCCCGGAGAUGAUCAACAAGGUCUACACCAAUUUGGUGGAGGCCGGUGAGAUCGUGGAGCAGCACGAGGGCGAGACCCCCCAGGUGCCCAUGGACUACACCUGGGCAAAGAAGCUUGGAAUGGUCAGGAAGCCUGCAAACUUUAUCUCAUCCAUCUCCGAUGAUCGCGGAGAGGAGCUGACCUACUGCGGCAUGAGCAUCUCAGACGUCUUCUCCAAGGAGAUUGGCAUCGGCGGUGUUCUCUCCCUCUUGUGGUUCCGUCGCCAACUUCCUGCUUACGCAACGAAGUUCAUCGAGAUGAUUCUCAUGGUCACAGCCGACCAUGGUCCAGCGGUGAGUGGUGCACAUAACACCAUCGUCACAGCGCGCGCAGGCAAGGAUCUCGUGUCCUCUCUUUGCAGCGGCCUGCUGACGAUUGGGCCUCGCUUCGGUGGCGCACUGGAUGAUGCGGCCAGAAUGUUCGCAGAUGCACAGGGCAGCGGAGUGGCGCCCAAGGAUUGGAUCGAGAAGAUGAAGAAGAGCAACCAGCUCAUCAUGGGCAUCGGGCACAGGAUCAAGUCCCUGGCGAAUCCUGACCAGCGAGUGGAGAUCAUCAAGGGUUUCGCCAAGAAGAACUUCAACUCAACGCCCGUUCUUGACUAUGCCCUCGCAGUCGAGCAGAUCACUACCCGCAAGCGAGCAAACCUGAUCCUGAACGUCGACGGAUGCAUUGCCGUGUCGUUCGUGGACAUGAUCAGGUCUUGCGGGGCCUUCUCGAAGGAAGAGUGCGACGACCUCAUGGACUUCGGCUGUCUCAAUGGCCUGUUCGUUCUAGGCCGCUCCAUCGGCUUCAUUGGCCACUACCUGGACCAGCUUCGGCUGAAGCAGCCGCUGUACCGCCAUCCUUGGGACGACAUCACAUACAUCCAGGAGCUUGCUGGCCAGGGGCCGGAGUCGUAG